AUGGCUGAAAAGGUGAGUGAGAAGAAGAAGAAGAAGAAGAAGCAUGUUUCAAGUAACAAAGAAGGCAGAUUGACCAAGUCAUGGCCAGAUCUUCCACCACAGAUUGUCAACUUAAUCCAAAAGGACUCGACUAUAAUGCAACACAUGAGUUUUCAAGGUGUGUCCAAGUCAUGGAGGUCAGCACCAAGGCAAUGCAAUCCCAACCCUUCACCGCAUCCAUGGUUAGCAAUCUCCCAAUCCAACGGUUAUCAUGACAAAAAUCAUGACCAGUAUCAUUUCAACAAUAUUCCAAACCCAACAAUUCCAUGCCUCAAAAUCCCAAGAGCCAUCUUAACCCCAGACUUCUACACUCAUUUCCUCCAAAAUUGGCAAACCACACCCUUCACAAAUCACUUCUUCUGGGACCCAAGGAAGCAACAUCAGAAUAUAUCACACCACCUUGUGGGGUCCACAAAUGGGUUACUCAUUGCCAAAGCAUCUCACAAUCCUCUUCAGUAUUGUGUGUGGGACCCAAUUAAUAGCCUCAAGUUGGACCUACCACAGUGGGAUGCCAAUGUUCCAUUUAAAUGUGCAGCCUUGUCCUCAGCAGAGGAAGAUAAAUGCCAUGGUAAAUCUCUCGCAGUAAUGGUCUUAACUGGUAUGAGACAUCCAGCUUUCUUGUUUUACAAGAUAAAAGGAGGCAGUGAAUAUGCUUGGGUAAAACAAGAUUGCACAAUUACUGACCCUCAACACCAUUGGGAUAAGUCAGAACGACGCCGUUACAUGCAGUUCACCAAUGCCAUUGGGUUUGAAGGUAAGUUUUAUGCCUUGAGUUUGCAGGGGACACUUGCAGUCAUAGAAGUUACUAACCCUUACCCUAAAAUUACUGCUGUUAGUACAACAAGGGCAGUACCAUCAAUUUCUUCGAGGCAUUUCCGAGAGUACUUGGUCGAAACAGGUGGUGAGAUCCUACUGGUGUUUCUCAUUUCUAAUAAAAGUUCAACUGAUGUUGUGGACAGUGUGGAGGUUUUCAGGCUUCAUCUUGGUAAACUCUCAUGGGUCAAAAUUGAGAGCCUUGGAAAUAGAGCAUUGGUUGUUGGGGUGAAUUGUUGUAUGGUAGUCUCUGCAAGCAAGAUUGGAUUUAGGAGUGAUUGUCUAUAUUUCACACAUUUCUCCAGCAAUGACUGGUUGGUGUAUGAUAUGAAAAGGGGACAAAUCUCUCCAUGUGACCAUGAUAUGUGUUGA